CCAUAAUGCAGCGAGACCCUCCAAAGCACCCAUGCUUGUGUUUUUGUUAUUGUUGUGAGAGGUUCGUGGCACAGCUCAUCUCGGCGAGUGUGUCUUUGUAAAUUGCACUUGUCAUCAGCAUCAUAAAUGUUUUCUCCUAUAUGACCGAACAUCGUUUUCCAAGAGGACAUUGUUCUGAUUAUCUAAGCUAAUCGGGUGCAUCACUAUUCUGUUGCCAUGGAGAAGACAUGGGGGGUGGAGUUUCAGAAUGUCGGAAGCUGCUACUUUCCUCAGAGCAGAGUGGACUGCCACUACACCAUCAACCCUCAGCACACAUGGGCCAGUAACGACUGGGUUGGACUAUUUAAGGUUGGCUGGUCAUCAGUCAAGGACUACCAUACGUUUGUGUGGGCAGUAGCUCCAUCCAGCUACAAAGAGGGGACCUCUGUCAACUGCUGUGUUCAUUUCCAAGCUUCUUACCUACCAGGGCCUAGUGCCCAGCAGUACCAGUUUGUGUAUGUGGAUGGAAGGGGAGAGGUUUGUUCUUGCAGCACUGCCUUUACCUUCUCAGCCCCAAAGCCCCUAGAGGAGCUGGUGACUCUGGAGGAGGAGGGUCAAGGGGAGGAAGUGGGCAAGGACAUGCUGCUGGUCAUCCCCAGAGCCCAGCUACUGCAGAGUCGUCUGCAGGAGUGUUUGAAGGAGCGUGCUGAGCUGCUCCAGGCUCUGGAAGCAGCAGACCAGAACGUGGAGAGGGAGAAAUCCAGGAGAGAGAGAGACAGAAGCUCCUGGGAGCAGAGCCGCAAGGAGCUGGAAAGGAAGAUCGGCGACCUGAAGGAGGAAGUGAGAGAAUAUAGGGAAAAAGUGGAGGAGAUGAAGAAGAAGCAGAAGGAAGUCGAGGAUUUAGGUGAGGCCCUGACAGAGGAGAAGAGAGCCUUGCUGGCUCAAAAAGAAGCUAAUGAGCAGCGAAUCAGAGAGCUAGAGGAGGACAUUAAAGUACUGACCCAGAGAGGCCUGGAGAGAGAGACUGACCUAGAAAGGAUGAGGGAACGGGCCAAGAAAGCAGCAGCUCAAAAGAAGGAAGAUGAGGAUGAACACAAGAACCUGAAGUUAAAGAUGGAACAAACAGAGAAGGAGCUGCACAGUCUGUCAGCAGAGUUCCAGAGUCUGAGAAGCUCACUGGCCCAGAGAGAUACGCACGCCCUACAGCUCCGAGACACCAUCACCACCCUCACACACAAACUCAACAGCGCUCACAGGAAGGAGGCAGCCAAUGAAGUGGCUCUGAGUGAGCUCCGGAGUGUUCAAGAGCGUCUGAACGUGAGUGAGCGCUGUGUGGAGACUCUGAGGGGAGAGCUGAGAGACAUGGUCGCUCAGCGGGACACAGCACACGCCGAGCUCCAUCAGGCCCGUCUGCAGGCCGCACAGCUCACACUUCAGCUGGCAGAUGCUAGUCUGGCUCUGAGAGAGGGCAGAGCUAACUGGGCACAUGAGAAAGAGACCCUGCAGCAGAAUGCUGAGAUGGACAAAGUGCGCCUGGAACGCUUAAAUGAUGAGAUCCAGCAGAAGGAGGAGAUUUUGCAAGAGGCAAGGAUGGAGAGAGAGAAAGCAGUGGUGGAGCUGGGGCGAGAGAAAGACUGCAAUCGGGUUCAGCUAAGCGAAACUCGUCGUGAGCUACAGGAACUGAAGGCCAGUCUCAGGGUGGCUCAGAAAGAGAAGGAGCAGCUGCAGACAGAAAUACAGGAAGUGAUGGAGUACAGCCGUCAGCUGGAGAGAAGGCUGGAGGUGCUGAGCGAUUCUAAAUGGAGUGAGACGGCGCUGCUGCAGAGCAGUCGUGCAGAAAGCCCACUGCUGUCUGAUUCUGAGGACGAGAACCCAGAGGCCUUGCAGGACGCACAUUCUUCUGGGCCUCUGAACCACUACAGUCUGUGCGAGCAGCCCCAGGCCGACCUGUUGCUCCCGGCCACCCCGCCACCUUCCCCCAGACACCCCUCUGGCAUGAAUAUGGUGGUCAUCAGCCAACCUGCACCUCUCUCAUCUCCACAUCAGCCCAGUGCUCACACACACCCUCACAGCUCUGAGUCGGAAGAAGAGUAUGAGGCGGCUCUGUCAGGAGGCCACAGCUCUGGAGAGGAGACGGCUCUUCUCCUGCCUGACAACAGAGACACUACCCUCGGAGAUCUGGCAGAGAGCCCCUUGUGGUGAGAGGCGGAACUGCGGGAACUGAGGGCCGGCGCGGCGUGGACGGCUUUGCACCAGUGCAACACGUGUUAAGAGUUUUGUAUUUAGAAGCAUUUGCGCUUUAUAUCAUAUUGACAUGAGUAUUUAAAUAUGCAAUUUGCUUUACACUUUAUAUGCACUUAGAAUAUGCAUAAGCUAGACCUCUUUAUGUCGCACACGGUUUUACGGUAACUUGCACGCAUUUGUUAUUUUACACAUAUCAACUGACAAGCGGAAGUAAUGAGCAGAUCGAGGGAAAGGUUGUAGUCGUGUGUUUCUGUGUGUGUGUUAGGGUUGUUUUUUCAGUCUUUCAGUUUUCUUGUGUUCUGUCAUAAGACUUGUAUAACAAUUAUCAUUAAUCUGCAUCAGCAAUAAUGUAAAGCACAACAUCGUUGAGAUCCUUUCAGGUUUAAAUGUAAGAGUUAGUUUGGGUGCUCUUGAUUUUGUGGGUCUUUUUAGUUUCUUUGAAGAAAGAAUGUGUGAAAACUCACACAUUGAAUGAUGUGCAAUGGGAUACACCAGCGACUGAUCGUCCUAUUUAAAUGUAAGAGUAAAGAGUGGCACUUUAGAUUCUUUUCAGGACAUUUACUCUCAUCCUCAUGUAACAUUCAUAUGUGCAAGAUCUUCUUUGGAGGCUGGGGGAAUUGUGAAGUUUAAUUAGUCACUUUAAUUGAAUUCUUUAAAUUUAAUUCCUCUGAAUUUAUAUUUGGUGCUUUAUGCGUUGUAUUGAAACACUGUUUUACAUUAAUGAUGAAAUUAUUAUUUGUAUGCAGAAUGUACUAAGAAAGACAGUUUAACUGCUUAAUGUUCCUCUUGAGGUUGGAAAUACAUUAGAAAGUUUUUGCAGUACUGCAAGAAGGACUUUUAAUUUUACGGCAUGAAUUGAACUGCUUUAAAUUGUGCCUCACGAAAUUCAAGGAAUCUCAUGUUUAAUUCAAUUUAAUGUGUGAUGGCUUAAUGGUGCGUCACGUGGAUCAUGUGGAGAACAUUAUUUGGCCGUGUUUAAACUUUGCUGAAGCUCAUUACCUGAGGAAAAAUUCAUAAUUUCAAGACACCAUGAUUACAUUUUAAUAACAUUCACAGGGAGAGUAUUUUAAUGCAUAUAUUAAAAAGUAAAAUAAUAAAGGGGAAUAUUAUGAAAAGGUAUCAUAGAUUACAAAGUGCAAGUUUUUUCUUUUCUUUUUUUGAAAUGAUGUUUUGAAAUAUUUUCCUGUACUACCAGUAGUUUAUUUUGCUUGGUUGAUUUGUUCUUGCUGUUUACUGUAGGGUCAUGAUUAAAUAGCUCCUAUAUGUUAUUUGCCUUUUAUACAACAUGUCAUAAUCUAUAUUGACUUAAAAAGUGAUGUAACCAUUACACCUCACUGAAACAGGCUUUUGUGGUCACUCUGUAUCCAUCUGUCUACUGUAUUUGUAUUGUACGCUUGACCGGGUUUUACUUUGUUAGUUUUAAAGCUGUAUUCUAGAGCGUCGUCUUAGCAUCAGGAUGUCAGAAAUUGAAAGCGGUUGUCAUUUUCAUGAACCUGAAAGCUCAGUUUGGAAAAAAAAAAAAGAAGGAUUCCUGUUACCCACUAUACUAUAGCCAGAAACCUGUUUAUGACAGGAAAUAUGUUAAGAUUAGUCCCAAGUAAUGGUUGUAUGUUGUCUCGAGAUUCAAUAAUGUCUAAGAGAACGCAGGUCAUUUCAGGGCAAUACAAUCACAGAAUUGGAUUCAUUGUUUGCUUUUUUUGUGCAGUUAUUCCUUCUUUCACUUAUCUGAUUUGUUUUAGGUUAUGCGGUUUUGUUCAGGGUGUGGGAUGGGUUUCAUUAAUAAAAUAAUGUAAUGUUA